AUGGUCCUAAUCUGCGUUGGUAUAAUGGGUCUUUCACCGGAGUCCCGAUUCGAAAAUCGCGAUUGUGGCUGUUUGCAACUCAUCAGUGGAAAGUGCCGCGAAAAGCGUCAGGGUCCUCGGGCUGGGAGAAGGAGUAAGGGCUUACGGAAACGUGCAAGGAAUAUGAGAAUGGCAUCAACAAGCCCUAAGCUCGAAUGGCCCCCUGAAAGGACUCCUGAUGAGGCAAAGCAAACAAUGUCAAACUCACUGCAGUCGGGCUCCAGGGCCGAUUUGAAGCUACCGUCGAAACUUUGA